AUGCAGGCAGGAACCGGGACAAUCCUCGAUGCCUGGAAAGUCGGCCUCCCAGUAAUUGUCGUUCCAAACGAAGAGCUGCUCGACAAUCACCAGGCCGAGAUGGCCAUGCACCUCGCAAACGAAGGAUACGCAACCAUGAGCACAGCCAGGUAUACAGACCUCCAAGGCGCAAUCCAUAAGGCGGAUCUACUUUGGGAGGAAAACCAGUCUCGCUGGCCACCCCACUCAGUCAAGUCUCAGAAGAAUGCCAGCAGUCUUCGCCUCUGGGAGAUUCACCCUCAGGAGGUCGGGAAGGAGGAGGACGCAAGAAUGGUCAAUGACUAG